AUGAAACUCACAGAUCUUUCACGUUUUGGGACAUUUCUGAAUAAAUCCAGGUUGACCACUAAUGCCUCCACAGAAAUUCCUCCAAAUUCUGAGGUUACUUUCGGUGCCCAGCCGGGCUUUACUGUGCUAAUGAAAUUUACCCCUCUCAAUAUCCUUCUUUCCGCAGUGUUACCUAGGAUAAAGUUGGAAUUACAGCCCAUAAUCUGUUCUUUGGGUGGGAAAAUUCUCCCCGAAUGGACCCAGGAAUGCAAUCUUUUAGUGAUGUCAAAACUUAUUGUGACUCAUAAGGUUUUGUGCUGUUUGCUUAGGGGUGUCAAUGUUGUAACUCCAAAGUAUCUCAAUGCCUUGAAGAAUUUGCAUUCAAAUGAAUCUUUUUCUUUUCCUGAUCCGUCUAUGUAUUUGCCACCGAUUGAAGAAAAGGGCUUUACUGUUGAAGAUUCUCCAAAAUUUAAAGCUAAUCCGAAUAGACGUCAUAUUUUUACCGGUAAAACCUUUAUAUUUCUCCUUGAAACUAAGGUAGUUCCAUUUUCUUCUAAUAUGGUUUUAUUGCGCGUGCUUAUAAAGUUUCAGCGAUUUAAUCUUCUACUAAAUUUGUCCAACGCGAAGUCAAUUUGUGUUCCUGAAAAGUUAUCCCUCUCUCGAACGUACUUCAUUGAUCUUUUUGGUUCGACGCCCGAUCCCUGUCUUGUUUAUGAGUCUGGGAAUGUGAACUCAGGCCACGAGUUGGCAUAUUCAGUGUUGAAGGAGAAUUUCAAUCGACGUCCAAUCUUGGAUCAAGAAAUUUCCCUGGCAAUUAUUGAUUCUUCCUGUGCGGUCUAUUGCAACGCUACUUGUCCAUGCCCUGUUGGUUCUGAUAGAAGAUUCCUGAAUACUUCUUUCGAGUAUAGUUCUUGGAAUUUAGAAUCGGUGAUCAGCCGACGUGACAGCUCAUUAAAACGUCCAAGAGAACAGUCAACAGAUCAGAAUAGAGAAACAGAUCUUUUGGAAUCUGUUCCAAAGCGUCAAUGUAGACGAACGCCUAUUCUUCCUCCAUCGACUCGUUCUACUAAACCAACUAAGAAGCCAUCACACAUCCUUGUACCUGAUACUGAACAAGCCAACAUCCAAACCAAUAAUUCGACGAAUCGAAAUUCUUCAAUCAAAGAGGAAUUGGCGAAAGAGGUGAAACAGCCCUCCCCACGAACUAGUUUUGAAUCCACAGUUUUUCCUUCGGCCCCAAAUCAGAAUCGAAACACCUCUAGUGACUGUCAUGAGGAGUCAAACGAAGAUGACCAAAUUCUUGACGCCUUUGAUUCAAUCCCUCCUUUCGUCUCCACAUUAAAGAAAAAGGAGGCUACUUUGCAAGUAGAAAAAUCUACGACAAAAUCAGUUUCUAGAAGAAUUCACAAAAAUCUAAACGCAGACUAUGGUACAGACAGAAAUAUUAAUGCUAACUUUGAUGUGGAUGAAGUGUUUGAAGAUGACCCAGUCCUUAAUGCUUUUGAUUCAAUGCCUUCUUUCUCCUCAAUGCUGAAGAAAAAUAAGAUAUUCCAUCAGGUUGACGAGGUUCCUAAAAUUAGCGUAGGGGCACCAGCCAGUGGAGAGCUUAUCGAGAAAAAUAGUGAAACAAUGGAAUCAUGCAAUGAGAUAUCUGCCUUAUCGCCUAAAAUUAACAAGAGUCCUCUUUUGCCUAAAUAUCCUCGUGAAUUCUCUUCCAAUGACAAGGAGAACAUUCGCGCAGGUAGGAAGAACAUCUUACAGCCGCUCCUAAAUCCUCCGAUUUCAGCUGAUGGCUUUCUCUCUAAAGAAGUGGGACAGAAGCUGGCGGGUAGGACUGGUGUUUCUAAAGAGUCCAAUUCUGCCGAUAAGGAGGAGACCGCUACUGUGUCAAUCAAAUUCUGUCCACUAAUUAACAAUGCCCCCUUCUCCUCUGAUUGCCCUAAUCGACCCCGCAAUUUCUCCCACAGUUCGUCUGUAAACUUUAAACGAUUCAUUAAAGUCUGGACUGGUACUACUGCUUUCGCCUUAAUUAGUUUGCAGUAUAUUAGGGACGCAAAAUAA